AUGGACAUCCUUCAAACAAACGUCGUGACCCCUCUCCAGCCCUUUCUCCACCCAAUAGUCAAGGCGAUCCCCGAGCCUGUCCACGAUGCUGUCAUCUCGUUGAUCGGCGCAUCCUGCCAUAGUGCCCUCCUUUUAGAUCUCGACUUGACCAAAGAUCCUGUCUGCACAUCCUUGGCUAUUUCCAAGGCUCUCGGCGUCGCAAUUGUUGGCGCCAGCGCUGUCGUCAAAGUUCCCCAGAUCUUGAAGCUCAUCAGCUCUCGCUCCUCCGCCGGUGUUUCCUUCAUCUCCUACGCCCUUGAGACCGCCAGUCUGCUCAUCACCCUCUCCUAUGGUGUGCGCAACCAGUUCCCAUUCAGCACCUAUGGCGAGUCGGCUCUUAUUGCGGUUCAGGAUGUGGCUGUCGGUAUUCUGGUCUUGACUUUUGCUGGUCGCUCGGCUGCUGCUGCCACCUUUGUCGCAGUCGUCGCCGCUAGCGUUUACGCGCUUCUGUUCGACCAGACGCUCAUCGAUGCGCAAACUAUGGCUUACCUGCAAGCUGGUGCUGGUCUCCUGGGUGUGGCUAGCAAGGCUCCUCAAAUCUAUACUAUCUGGCGUGAAGGUGGAACUGGACAGCUCAGCGCGUUCGCGGUCUUCAACUACCUCGUCGGUUCCCUGUCACGUAUCUUUACCACCCUCCAAGAAGUCGACGACAAGCUGAUCCUUUAUGGAUUCAUUGCUGGCUUCUCGCUUAACGUGAUCCUCGCCACUCAGAUGGUCUACUACUGGAACAGCCCUGUACCGAAGAAGAAGGCUUCUCGCAAGUCUGCGGACCAAGCGGUUGCCGCUCAGAGCACCGCUGUCUCGCCCAAGCCGGGUUCCAAGUCGCCCACUACCCGCCGACGAGGUUAG